AGUCUGGACUUGAAACUUCAUGGCUACAAGCAAACGUUUCAGACUCAAAUUAUCUCUUCCAACAUUUCAAUUCUGUCGCACCAAAGUAACCCCUUCUCUCCCAAAGCUACCUUCAGAGUCCACUACAUUAUUCUCUCCGAUAAAUCCUAAAUCGUUAGAAAUAUCUUAUCCCUCCUUCUCCAAUCCAUCCAAUCCCCCUCCAACCCCGGCUCAUCCGCUCAAGAUCAUGCCGGUUAGCUUUAACACUCAGCAUUGUCCAUCACCAUCACAGAAGAUUUAUAACUCGCCAGUGGCAUUUGGUUCCGAUGACAGCUUUGCAUGGCCAAUUACACCACCUCCAAAAGGUGGAAACAGUAAGCCACAGAGGAUAAACAACAAGAAUAAAUCAAAAGUUAGCAGUGUUUCAUCAGGAGAGAGUGGCUGGUUUAGCAGCGAUGAAGAUGGGAAGGAGAGCUUGGUUUCGUCGUCUGAGAAUUUUGACACGUCUUGUGAUUUUGGCAAUGUUUCUAUUUCUAGUAAAUUUGGCACAAGCAAGAAAAAGAAUAAUGACAGAAAUGGUGGUAAUGAGUCUGUAGUGAAGAAGUCUUCGACAUCAGUGUUCAAGAGGUUGAUGACUAGUUGUGCAGUGAAUGAUGAGAGUUUUGCAGUGGUGAAGAAUUCUCAGAACCCAUACGAAGAUUUCAAGAGCUCGAUGAUGGAGAUGAUAAUGGAGAAACAGAUGUAUGAGGCUAAGGAUUUGGAGCAGCUGUUGCAGUGUUUUCUGUCACUUAAUUCUAGGCACCACCAUGGAGCCAUUAUUCAGGCCUUUUCUGAGAUUUGGCACCUCUUGUUUAUGUAAAUCUUAUGCCGGCAGAUAGAAUUACACAGAUUCUGUCUCUAAAAUACUCUAUGUGUUCAUUCCUUUGUUUAUGUCCAUAAAAAUUGUUAUAAAUAUUAUUGAUCCUGAA